AUGGCCACUUCAACAUCUCCCUCCAAUGCCAAUGCGAAUGGCAGGUCGCGCGGCAACUCCAAGACGAAUGGGUACAUGGUCCAACUCACACCACGUAGUAGCAUGAAAAGAGCAGAUACCAUCGAGAGUCAACUUUUCGUCGAUGCGCCAGAGUCGCCCCAGGACCAGCGAGCGCAAGAGAUAAAGCAACACCGCCAAUCCCUUCACCGCUCAGCGCCCUCAACCAUGUCCUCGAUAGCAUCCGUGCCGCCUCCAGGCUCGGUCCUGACAGGCAAGCAAGAGCACUAUCUCAAGCGCGAACUCAUCGCGCAGCAGACGGCGUGGGAGGUUCACGAACUCUCCUCUCCUACCGCACUUCAGCGAUUCGGAGCUCCAUUCCGCUCUGAUGCCGGUGAGGUCGCGCCUGAAGACUCGGAGCUGCCUUUACUACGAUACAUCUUCGUCCACCACAUGCGGAACUUUCCUUUCCUCGAUCAGGCAAAUGAGGAGGAGUUCUGGCAGAAGAAACUACAGGUCUUUCUCGAGUCCUUCGCCAACAAGCAUAUCUCGUCCUCAGAGGAUCGACUAGAAGAGACGAAGCGGGCGAAGCUGGCGAUGAAGGCCACAAAACUGGUCGAGUUGAUGAUGGUCAGUGGCAUACCCACCGCCUCGGGCUACGAAGAGCGCAUCCGGUUUAGUGAGCUGGAGGUCGUGGAUCGUGGUGCGAACGAGCAGGGUCUGGUGGUGAACAGACCGGAAGGGCAUGAGAUUAAUGGAUGGGAUGUCAAUGUGGCUGGUGUGAGGAUUGUACAGGUCAAAAGACAUGUCAGACAUCAUGCGCAUGCUGAGUUCUUGCUGAGGGUGAAGAGAAGAGAGGAGCGGGAGACAUAUGUUGCACGGCGUUUCGGGGACUUUGCCAAGAUGCACAAGAAGUUGAGGCAAGAAUUACCUGGAAAGGUAUUACCACCGCUACCAAGGAAGAACAGGACACAUUCGCUGUACAGUGGGAAGGAUGACGAUGACGACGAUGAAAGCAUCGAGUCCAUGUCCAUUCACGAUGUCAGUCCAUCAGCCGGCGAGGCACCAGCUAGUGAGGCAAGUAGCGGAGGCGGAUUCAGAGGGUACUUGGCUUCCUGGACAGGCAGCUCAGCAAGCAGACAUUCUCGAAGUCAAUCGCGAACCUCUCUAGUAUCCUCUUCAUCACCUCGACCGUCUAUAGACUCUCCGGCGAAAGGUGCAUCUCCCGUACGACGGCCAUCAGCUCAAGAACCAGCGCACGUCCUUCCUCGCGAGGAACAAAGAGUCUCACUCCGAGCAUUCUUGCGUGGCUUCUUACAGAACGAAGCCAUUGCGAAUUCAGCAGCGAUGAAUGAAUUCCUCACGGCCAACCCCACCACACUCACCGCGGAAGAAGUAGGCGAUGUCGAUCGCCGAAAGACAAUGGACGACAAGCGUAUGCAAGAACAACGGCAAUUUUUCGAGAUCGCUCGCGAGCGUGCUAGAGAACUGGACGUGCAUAUGGAGAAGUUCCGACGGAAAGUCAUCGAGCGUAAUGGUCUUCGGGACUUGUUCGGCGAGAUCAAGAAGAAGGACAAGAUUGCUGAUCUGGACCCGGAGUACAAGAAGUUCGCGGAGUGGUUGAGGAUAGAGGUGGCGGCGACGCUGUAUCAUCUGUUCUUGGCGGAAGACAACUCACCAGAGCUUUUUGCGCAGGCGAAGCGGAUACAUAGUUUGGUGCCGUACGGAGCUUUGAAGCAGGUCAUACGGUUCACGAAUCCUGCUGCGGUGAUGGUGGCGGUAUUGGAUAUAUUUAUGGCACAACCGCUGGGGACGAAGAGCUUGUUGCAACGCAUCUUUGGCUACGCAGUGGGAGACGGCAUCAGGACUCUACAGAAAUCUAUCGAUUCGCUACUGCCUCGAAUUGAAGAGGAAGUCUUUUGUCGCAAGAUCGAGAACUACACCAAUGCAGAUCAGAAUCUCAAGAGCCGUAUCCGAGCAGAAGCGAUACAAGAGAAGAUGGAUCUCCUGAUCAAAAUCCUACAGUCGCCAGACAUUCAGCCUGAGCUUUCUGAUGAACAGACGGCACGGAUAUUCAACGCAUAUGUAGCCUGGGAUAAUGCCGUGGAGAACAUCGAUGCCGAAAUGCGGCAGGGUGCUGAGCUCUAUGCCCAGCUCAAGCAGCUUUUGAAAUUGCAUACCCGACAACGAGACAAGCAGAUGAUGCUUGCGCUUGUCGAGGAACCCGUCACCCUCAAGCUCUUCCGCGACCUCUUCACCAUCUUCUACGAGCCUCUCGUCCGAGUCUACAAAUCCGCCAACGUCUACAACAGCGUGACCGACUUCGCUCGCUUCGCCGACGACGCCAUAGCGACAAUCGAGAAAGCACAACGCCAGGACGUCUCCGCCGACCCGAACCAGACCGUCCAAUCCUUCAUCGACCUCUGCGAACGCCACGAGGGGAAUUUGUAUAAAUUCAUCCACGAGGUCCACACCCACGACAACGGCCUCUUCGACAAACUCAUGACGUGGAUCGAAGGCAUCCUCGAAUUCCUCCGUCACGGACCGCAUAAACGAGUUGAUGAAGAUGCCGCCGCCGUGGUACCUCAGCAGGCUGGGAAACUGGAUAUGAAUGCCCUUUUCAUCGGGGCGGUGGAUAUGGGCAUCAUCGACCCGAAUCUUGCUGUCCGUGAGAUUAAUUCCCUGAUCAAAUGGCAGAUGGCAAGGAAACGCUGGCAUCAGGACAAGACGAGGCAGAAGAUGGCUUCGGGUGGUGGCGCCGCGGCGGAUCCUGCUCCGGGUUCCCUCGCCUCGACGUUCAAGCCCGGGGAUUUCGGGCUCAAUGCGAUGGAUUUGCAGGAUCUGGAUAUGGGGGAUGAGUUUGAUGAUGAUGUGGGGGAGAUGUCUUCGGAUGAGGAGGAUGAGAUGGAGAAUCUUGCCGAUCCGAUCGAGGCGGAGCGGAAGCGGAGGAAGCGGAAUGCGGAUGCAUUGAAGCGGACGGCGGGGGAGCCGGUCAAGCCCGUUGUGGUCGAGUGUCGGAAGAUGAGGGAGGGGUUUUUGAGUAUGCUCAGGCAGGUUUUGGCGGAGUAG